AUGGGGACAAUUAAAACGGAUAAGGAAACUCCUUUUGGUUCGGAUCAGAUUGAAGAUAAUAUAAAUGAUUUGAAAGAAAAGCUUAGAAAAGAUACUUCGCCCCUCUAUCAACACUUAUAUUCCAAAGUAAAUGUUAUUUCUAUUCAAAGCUUAACCUGGAAGAAUCCUUUGGCCAGUCGAGUUAUUAGGAUCAGUCAGAAGUUACCACCAAAUCUAUCCAUAAAUUCAUUGGACGCCUGCUUCUGUGCGAUAGUUAGAGAUAAGU